AUGGCGCCUCUUACACUCCGGGCUCUCUCGCUGCUCGCGCUCACCGGAGCCGCAGCGGCGGUGUCCCUGUCGGUUGCCAACUCUGGCGGCAAUGACACGUCUCCGUAUAUGUAUGGCAUCAUGUUUGAGGAUAUCAACCAGAGUGGCGACGGUGGAUUGUACGCCGAGCUAAUUCGGAACCGCGCGUUCCAGAACGGCACGCUCCAGUCCUGGAGCGCCGUGGGCGACAGCACGCUCGAGUUGGUGACCUCUGCGCCGCUAUCAGAGGCCCUGCCUCGCUCCGUCAAGGUGGCGAGCGGAAAGGGCAAGGCGGGCCUGAAGAACGCCGGCUACUGGGGCAUGGACGUCAAGAAGACCGACAAAUAUAGCGGCAGCUUCUACUCGUACGGUGCCUAUGACGGAAAGUUCACCCUUUCUCUGGUGUCGGAUAUUACCAAUGAAACCCUGGCAACCACCAAGAUCAAGUCUAAGUCGGUGGAAGACGCCUGGACGCAGCAUGAGUUCGAGCUUCUCCCGACCAAGAGCGCGGCGAACAGCAACAACAGCUUCGUGUUGGAGUUCCGCCCCUGCCACCAGACUGAACUCCAGUUCAACCUGAUUAGCUUGUUUCCGCCGACGUAUAAAGACAGACCCAACGGCAUGCGCCGAGAGCUCAUGGAGAAGCUCGUGGAUCUUAACCCCAGCUUCCUCCGGAUUCCGGGGGGCAACAACCUCGAGGGGAACUUUGCAGGCAACUACUGGAACUGGUCCAGGACCCUUGGCCCGCUAACCGACCGGCCCGGCCGUGUUGGAGUGUGGACGUACCCGAACACAGACGGCCUCGGGCUGGUCGAGUACAUGCACUGGGCCGAGGACCUCGACGUGGAGGUUGUGCUGGCGGUCGCCGCGGGCCUGUACCUGAACGGCGAGGUCGUGCCGGAGGAGGAGCUGGGGGUCUUCGUGGAGGAUGCGCUGAACCAGCUCGAGUUCCUCAUGGGCGACGUCUCAACCCCCUGGGGCGCCCGGCGCGCGGAGCUCGGCUACCCCAAGCCGUGGAACAUCAAGUACGUCGAGGUCGGCAAUGAGGACAACCUGUGGGGCGGCCUGGACUCGUACAAGAGCUACCGGUUGAAGAUGUUUUACGACGCCAUCAAGGCGAAGUACCCCGGCAUCUUCAUCUUCUCUUCCACCGAGCAGUUCGUGUACAAGGACUCGGGCCAAGACUACCACAAGUACACCCGCGCGGACUAUUUGAUGUCCCAGUUCGACCUGUUUGACAACUGGGCCGACGGACACCCCAUCAUCAUCGGAGAGUAUGCGACCAUCCAGAACAACACGGACAAGCUCGAGGACGCAGACUGGGAUGCCCCCAAGAACAAGUGGUCCAACUGGAUCGGCUCCGUCGCCGAGGCGGUCUUCAUCCUCGGUGCGGAGCGCAACGGCGACCGGGUCUGGGGCACCACCUUUGCGCCGCUCUUCCAAAACCUCAACAGCUACCAAUGGGCCCCCGACCUGAUCUCCUUCACCGCCGACCCCGCCGACACCACCCCGAGCGCGUCCUACCCGAUCAUCCAGCUCCUCGCCGCGCACCGCAUCACCCACACCCUCCCGGUCACCGCCACCACCACCUCCAACAGCACCGCCUCCUUCGGCCCCGCCUACUGGGUAGCCGGCCGCGGCGCCGCCGAGGGGUCGCACAUCUUCAAGGCGGCCGUGUACAACAGCACGGGCGGCGCCGACGUGCCCGUGAGCGUGAAAUUUGAGGGCGGCAGCGACAAGAAGGGGGCGCGCGCGCAGCUGACGGUGCUGACGGCGCCUGGGGGGCCGUGGGCGCAUAAUACGCCGGAGAAUAAGGAGGCGGUCAAGACGACGGUGACGACGGUGAAGGCGGGGAGGGGCGGUGUGUUUGAGUUUAGUUUGCCGGAUUUGUCGGUCGCGGUGUUGGUGACGGAGGGGGCGUUGUGA